GGUCACAAGCAGGGAGAGGCGGAGGAGAAACGAAGAGAGAGAGCGCCCAACCCUGUACACGGCAACAACACACCGAGAGAGACUUUACUGGUGAAGAAAGAGGAAUAGUCGACGCCGUGGAUAUGAUCUAAAAGAAUACCCGAAGAGGCAAACAAUACAACUUUCUCCCAAAUAGCAAAUAGAUUCAAAAAGGUGGAAAACUGCCAAAAAGAUUACUAUUAUUCAAAUUCACCCCACCCGAUCAACCCCCCCCCCCUCUGCACCCUAGCUACCGAGAUGCACACGGAGACUCGAAGCAAGAAAUGCCAGUCGAGUCCUAAGAAGGCCAGCAGUGGUGCCAGCUCCCAGUCCCAACCACAUCCAAAGGUGCCCCAACCCAAGAAGGAGCCCCAACCCAAGAAGGAGCCCCAACCCAAGAAGGAGCCCCAACCCAAGAAGGAGCCCCAACCCAAGGUUCCCAAGAAGGAACCCAAGACCGAGCCCCAGACCCAGGUGGAAGAAGAAGACAUGCCCUCAGUACACAUCAAACCAGAACCAGAAGAGGUGGAGUGCACGCAGGCUGAAGUGGGUGAGGAGUUUCCCCAGCCUACAGACCUGAAGAUCAAGACAGAGAAGACCCAACCUGAGUCUCCCCCUCCCCUCUGCACAGCCACAGACAUGACCAUAGACACAACCACAACAGACACACAAGACGACUCCUCCCGCCCCUCAGAGGACCAGACGGAACCUGUCGACCUGUCACUUGGCAAGCCACGCCCCUCCCUGCCCGUUUUUACACCGUCCACCACAGCCAACCCCGCCCCCAGCUCCGUGGCGCCGCCCACGCUGUCGGCAAACCACAUCCCUACGGUAACCAUUCUAGACACCAUGAUGCUCUCUCCCGGGUCCAUCCUAGCAUCCACCCAGGGGGCAGGCGGUCAGCAGAUCCUGCAUGUCAUCCACACCAUCCCGUCGGUCAACAUGCCCAGUAAGAUGGGCCAGCUGCAGACCAUCCCCGUGGUGGUCCAGUCUCUGCCCUUGGUCUACACCACCAUGCCCACGGACGGAGUGGCCACCGCUGCCAUCACAGUGCCCCUCAUCGGGAGCGACGGGCGCUCUGAGGGAUCCGUGCGUAUCAAGCCUGGCUCGGCGUCCCCAGUGGAGUACCAGAGUGACAGUGAUGUGGAGAGCGGGACAGAGUCGGCUUCCUUCAGUACACCGGGACUGGACACAGGGUCGGGCGUAGACAUGGACAUGCAGGUGGAUCCUGAUUCGCCGGAUAUGAAGAGGAGGCGUGUCCAUAUGUGUGACUAUGAUGGCUGUAACAAGGUGUACACCAAGAGCUCACACCUUAAAGCCCACCGCAGGAUACACACAGGAGAGAAGCCAUACCACUGUACAUGGGAGGGCUGUACAUGGAGGUUCGCCCGGUCAGACGAGCUGACACGACACUUCCGUAAACACACGGGCAUCAAGCCCUUCCGCUGCACCGACUGUGACCGCUCCUUCUCCCGGUCCGACCACCUAGCCCUGCACCGGAGACGCCACGUCAUGAUGUGAACCAUGACCUCUGGCCCCUGAUCUUUAAACCCUUCCCCCUACUACCACCCCCCCCCCCCCCACCCCCUCGGUACUCAACUGAAACUCAGAUGGGAGGGGCUAAACCCUGAAUUGUCACUUCCUGUUCCUGUCUCUUUUCUCUCCUCUUCCUCUAAUUUGAACUGUGGGUCAUCAUGGAGAUCAGGAAAUGAAAGAGGUGGAGAACGCAGAUUGCAAAGUAAAUGAUGAGAGCAGUUCAUUGUUGUUAUUUGGUUGCCUGGCACCUGAAGGGGGAGUCCACCACUCUUCACAGCCACCCUCACCACAAUGCUUACCUUCUCAUCUCUCCCUCACACCCCACUCAGUGUGACCAUGGCAUGACGCCAACCUCCUCUAUGGCUUCCUAUCCUAUCCUGGACUUAGAGAGAGACAGAGAACAGACUUUGAAAUGAUGCAGGGAUGCCUACACCAUACACUCAGCUCAGAGGAAGAAGAUGAGGGAGGAAGAGAACGGAGAGGAGGUGAAGGGGGCGGGGAAGGAUAUGUGGCUUUUGUCUUGUUUGUUGACUUCAGAGGGGAAGAUACUGUAGAUACCUUUACUGUAUUUUCUUUCUCAACUUCUGUGAUCCUGCAUUGUGUGUGUGUGUGUGUGUGUGUGUGUGUGUGUGUGUGUGUGUGUGUGUGUGUGUGUGUGUGUGUGUGUGUGUGUGUGUGUGUGUGUGUGUGUGUGUGUGUGUGCGUGAGCGUUAGUGAAGCGUGUGCUAAUUUAAAGACAGUUGAAGAUGCAUAAAGUCCUCUCCUCCAUAUUCUUCCCGAGCAGAGUCCGCAGGGGUAGAACUGUUCUAUUCUAUCUAAUUCAACCCCCCUCCACUCCCUCAUCCCCUAAAACAGGGAGCUACAAGACUGUGAAUUCUUAUUAAGAUUCUGUUUUCCUCCGUUUCAAUCAGAAAUGAAAUCAUGUUCACUUGCCCCACAUUUUUAACUUGUUUGUUCAGUAACAGUAUUUGUUGUUUAAAAAAGUAAUUUUUUCCUUCUUCUCCUUCCCUCCUUCUCUUUGCCAGUGAAUGGCUCUUAACAGAAUAACAUCCUUUUUUUGUCCAUUUCAAAUCCUUAGAUUGUGUUUGAGGCUGUGAAAGUAUAAGAAAAAAAGUUUGAGAUUACAAAUGGAACUCUCGCAGGGAUCUAGGGGGAGCUUGUGUGUGUGUUUUUGCGUGUGUAUGGACGUGUGUGUGUGUGUGUGUGUGGAACAAAUAAUCAGAACUGAUGAUUUUAGAAGUGUGUGUUUGGGGCAGCAGAGUGUUACCUCUUGCUCGUCGGCGCCUUAAUGAAUCAAAGUCAAUCUGAGAAACUCUGGUUUUAGAAACGCGCGUUUAUUUUGGUCUUCAGGGUUACCCAGGAAACGGGGUCUUAUCGCCCUGACGACAGGUCACGAGGCACUCUCUUUUUUUGUUACAAGCAUUUCUACCCAGACUCAGAUCAGGGCUUGUAUUUACAGAGUCACAGAGUAAGAUUUUUGAUCUAGGAUCAGGCCUGCCCUUUCCAUACGAUCUCAUUCAUUAUGAUCUAAAAGGCAAAACUGAUCCUAGAUCAGGAAUGUACUGAUCUUCAUGUCUUAAGCUGGCUGUUUUUAGCUCCUGCUCUCUGGGUUCACUUGAUUAUGCAACUUCCACAGACCUCACUCCUUACGCUGUACUGGGGUCAGUGGAUAAGUAUGUGUUUGCUAGUGGAACAUACAAAGAGCUCACUCCAAAGUGCUGUUAUGGAGUAAGUAGCAACAUACAUCUUGCUACUGGGACAUACACAGAUCUUGCUCCAAAGGGCUGUACUGAAGCCAGUGGCUAAGUACGUGUUGCCACUGGAACGCACAGCUCCUGUGGUACUAGUGUUGAGUGAUUAACUGAAAUGUCGGUUAUUUUACAUUUUUCAAACAACUAAUUGACCAACAUCAGUUCAAUUAUUUAAAUUCCAUUGUUCCGUUUUUUUCAGUGAGCUCAUUGCACAGUUUCUGUACAAAUAAAGCAGAUAUAGACUGAAAUGUUUGAUGUGGGAGGGAGUUGUAGUUUCAACAGGGCCAAUAUUCUAAAUAGUUUAGCUCAUAAAACGCGGUGAAUAACUACAAUGACCAUAAUCCAUUGCGCAUCUACUUGUCUGGUCUAUGUGUUCUUUUACGCCAGCUAUGGAAGAGGACAGGAGAAUGCGUGAUGGUGAGAGGAUACAGAGAGCAGCUGUUGGUUCGCAAGGUAUCUGUACCUGCAAAUACAUGAUCUAAGUGAUUUGAUAUUUGGUAUUCAGCAGUCAUAAAAUAUGCGUUAUUUACUUUGAAGCACUACUGAAAUAGUGAUUUUGUCAGACAGCAGGCAGCAGCUCUAUAGAGAUGAGUUGGAAUGAAAUACAAAUACAAAACUACAACUCCCUCCUACGUCAAACAGUUCAGGCUGUAAAGUCAUCAAAUAAAACAAAUGUAAUAUACGCAACAGCUGAAAUAUUUGAUUAAAGUGAUGUGAAUAAAUGUUGGUUAAUAUAAGUGAUGCACAGUAAUGGGCAGUCACUACCACCAUGGGACUUUUGUUAUUUGUUUUGUCCUGUGUUAUUACAGCAUUUAACCCACAUAAUGCAUAGUGCAUUUAAUGAACCGACCUCAAAAAGUACUAAUCGCUCAGCACUAUGUGGGACAUACAUACAGAGAGGGCAUGUAAAACAAAUGGCUUGGCUGUCUCGCUAGCAGUCGCAGCAGCCAUAAUCAUUUCAAACGCUAGCUAAAUAAAACACGAGCGAAUUUAACAUCCCUUUUCUGUUGACAAUUUAAAAACGAAAUGCAGAUAAUGCUCGUCUGACUCUGAGCCCAGCCUUGGUGUGAGUUGAGUUGAGCGCAUGCCGGAAGCAGCGAGAGAUCUUAUUGGUCCACACAGAGCAAUGCAAUGUUCCUAUGAGUUUCUCUCAUUCUCUGCUUCGACUCCUAACAAUGAUACUAAGCACAUCUUUCUAGAAGAGUAUAUGCAUUUGAUUGCAACUUGUUUUGUUUUGUAAACUGUUCAUAUUAGAUGUUAAGGACUAUGAAAAAGAAUAAUGAAAAAGAAUAAGAAGUGUACAUUCUGUAUAUAAAUCAAAAAGCAUAAUAAAUGUAACAGGUGGAGUUCUAUUUUUAACACUGACUAGACAAUGUGAAAAUAUCAUUUGUAUUUUCUUUUCUCCUCUGUUGGAUGGAUUUACAAAUGAAAUGUGUAUAAAAAGUUAAAUUCCUUCUUUACAAAAAAAAUCCCCCAAAAUCGGUCCCUUUUGUGUUGUGCUCACUGUUGUUGCAUGGAGAGUAGCAUUUGUUUUUGUGAAGUUGGUGAGCAUGUCGGUGUGAACAUGGUGCCCUAACCUAACAGUUAUGAUGACCUGCAACAAGCACUGAACCGUCUCGACCAUAUCCUUAUCCCAAAAGUCACCCUAUUCUCUAUGUAGUGCAUUUACCUUAGGGUUCUGGUCAAAAGUAGUGCACUAUAUAGAGAGAAGGAUGCAAUUGUGGACACACCCCAAUGCUGAAAAACUGAUCAUGUGUCAUAUCUGUUGUCGUUGGUCAAACCCACCUCAAUUGCAUAGACAUGGCAAUGCCAGUGAUAUACAAUACAAGACACCAACUCAUCCAUAUGAAAUAACAUCAGAAUCCUUUUUAAUGUACUCCAUAUACCACAAAGAAAACCAUCCAGUAAUACAUCAAUACACAACGAUAGUGAUGCUCUUGACCAAGAACAUGCAUCUAUGGUUCAGACUUGGCAGCAUCCGACUGAAGACUUCAUGACCAUCUGCUCCUUACUGUAUCUGAACAAGCACGUUUAUCCACUAUUCGCUAGUCACCCAUCACUUCUGCAAUACGGCACCACAUAAUGUAAGGGUAAAUUGAUUGAUUGUGUGUGUGUGUGUGUGUGUGUGUGUGUGUGUGUGUGUGUGUGUGUGUGUGUGUGCUUUUUCUUAUCAUUAAUCAAAACUCUUAAGAAAUCAUAAUUUUAGGUAUUUUUUAUUGAAUGCAGUAAUUUAUGGGCCAGUACUAUAUUACUCAGUGCAAUGCAGUUAUCGUUAUAAUAAUACAAGUCAUUAAUAUUAUUUCUUUUGUAUUUGUACAGAACAAAUGUGUAAAGAUCAGUGAGGAAAACGUGAGCUUUUUGAUACUGUGAGAUGUUGUUUCAUUAAGUCAGUUUCCCCCUGUACAGUUGUGAUUUACCCCACUCCUUUUAUAGAAUAAAAUGUUUUUGGUUCAGA